GUUGCAGUGUGAGUUUGAGCCACCGCUAGGGUCUGCUACAGAGAUUUCCUCCCGGCUCUCUUGCAAUAAUAAUAACAACAAUAAUAAUAAUGUGUCUGUGGUGUAUAGCCUCUCAGGCUGUGUGUAAGCACCAGCCGUGUCUUUAAAAUAAAAGCCUCCUCGACAGGCAGCGCUGCUUACAUCGUGACAGUAUGCGCUAUAGGACAGAGUGAGUAGGAUUGAGCUCAGUGCAUGGGGCAGUAAGAAGCGAGGAGAAUGACGGCGAAGCGAGCCGCUGUGGAGCCCUUGUGCGGCUCUCCGUGGCUCGUGGAACGGAAGGGAGCGGCAGCGCGCGCUCACCGCGGUUCCGUUCUCUCGCACCAGGAGCCCCGCGGAGCAGCCGCCACUCAGCACAGCAGCGCGGGGUCCGGAGCCGCCGGAGGAUCGGGAGCUGGAGACGAGUCGUCGGACAGCGAGGGCGAGCAGGAAGGGCCGCAGAAGCUCAUCAGGAAAGUGUCUACGUCCGGCCAGAUCCGGAGCAAGACGAGUGUGAAGGAAGGCCUGCUCCUAAAACAGACCAGCUCUUUCCAGCGCUGGAAAAAAAGAUACUUCAAACUCCGCGGCCGGACACUUUACUAUGCCAAGGACGCCAAGACGGGUGGCGUGCUGGCCCGCUGGCAGUACCGGGUCUCACGUAGCCGAGUGUGUUGGAGGGUUCUGUCCGUCUGCUGGUCCGGUGCUCGCCGCCCGCCUCCCGCUCUGGGUGCCAGCGGAUCGGAGGAAGGUUUGGUGGCGAUUCGGUCCCUUAUCUUCGACGAGGUGGACCUCUCAGAUGCCAGUGUUGCCGAAUCAAGCACAAAGAAUGUCAACAACAGUUUUACGGUAAUUACUCCGUUUCGAAGGCUCAUCCUCUGUGCGGAGAACAGAAAAGAGAUGGAGGACUGGAUCAGUUCUUUGAAAUCGGUUCAGUCUAGAGAGCAUUACGAGACGGCACAGUUUAAUGUGGAACAUUUCUCAGGGAUGCACAACUGGUAUGCCUGCUCCCAUGCUCGCCCCACCUUCUGCAACGUCUGCCGUGACAGCCUCUCAGGGGUGACUUCUCAUGGCCUCUCCUGUGAAGUGUGUAAAUUUAAAGCCCACAAAAGGUGUGCUGUCAGGGCCACUAACAACUGUAAAUGGACCACACUGGCAUCUAUUGGGAGAGACAUCAUUGAGGAUGAGGAUGGGAUUGCAAUGCCACAUCAGUGGCUUGAGGGCAACCUUCCAGUCAGUGCCAAGUGUGCUGUGUGUGACAAAACGUGUGGUAGCGUGCUGCGCUUGCAAGACUGGCGCUGUCUAUGGUGCAAAGCUAUGGUACACACAGCCUGCAUGGAUCUCUAUCCCCGCAAGUGUCCUCUGGGCCAGUGCAAAGUAUCCAUCAUCCCCCCCACCGCCCUCAACAGUAUUGACUCUGAUGGCUUUUGGAAAGCCACCUGUCCCCCAUCAUGUGCCAGUCCACUUCUUGUCUUUGUUAAUUCCAAAAGUGGAGACAACCAAGGAGUGAAAUUUCUGCGCCGCUUCAAACAGCUACUCAACCCCGCUCAGGUCUUCGACCUAAUCAAUGGUGGACCUCAUUUAGGCCUCCGCUUAUUUCAGAAGUUUGAUAACUUCCGAAUCCUUGUAUGUGGCGGAGACGGCAGUGUCGGCUGGGUCCUGUCUGAAAUUGAUAAACUCAAUCUUCACAAACAGUGCCAGCUGGGUGUGUUGCCUCUGGGCACGGGAAAUGACCUGGCCCGUGUGCUCGGCUGGGGGCCGUCGUGUGAUGAUGACACGCAGCUCCCUCAGAUACUGGAGAAACUGGAGCGAGCCAGCACCAAGAUGCUGGAUAGGUGGAGUAUAAUGACGUAUGAGAUUAAAAUACCUCCCAAACACAGCUGUCCCGCCACACCCGAGGAGGCCGAGGACUGCCAGUUUCAGAUAUCAGAUUAUGAGGAUUCAGUUGCUGCUCAUCUCACAAAGAUCCUCAACUCAGAUCAGCACUCAGUGGUCAUAUCAUCAGCAAAGAUCCUGUGUGAAACAGUGAAGGACUUUGUUGCCAGAGUUGGGAAGUCCUAUGAAAAGAGCACAGAGAACACAGAAGAAGCAGAAAGCAUGGCUGUGAAGUGUGCAGUGCUGAAUGAGAAGCUGGAUUCACUCUUGCAGACCCUGAACACAGAGGCUCAGGCCAUAAGUCCUCCCUCUCUCACCACUCCCCCUAUUGUAGAAGAGGAGCUGGAGGAAGAGGAGCUGGAGGAGGAGGAUCUCAGUGAAGAGUCUCUGACGGAGCUGAAGGAGAAAAUGGAGGAGAACGUAACGGAGAAAGAUUCUCCACACAAGCUUUUCCGGCCACGUGAGCAGCUCAUGCUGCGUGCAAACAGCCUGAAGAAAGCGGUCAGGCAGAUCAUCGAGCAGGCUGAGAAAAUGGUGGAUGAACAGAAUGCUCAUACAGAUGAACAGGACCUGCAGUCUCCUACAGACACCAAAAAGGACAUAGAGGAGGAAAACAAGGACAAUGAGAAGGACGAGGACACUAAAGAGCUGGAGAGUCUGCCCUCGGCAAAGUCACCCUGUUCGCCUACAGAGAGGCGUGUGAGUCGCAGCACACAGUCCUGCGGCUCUUUCUCCAUUCCUCCAUUCACAACAAGUAAAGAGAACCUGCCUGUCCUCAACACUCGCAUCAUCUGUCCAGGCUUGCGUGCAGGCCUCGCUGCCUCCAUAGCUGGAAGCUCAAUCAUCAGCAAGAUGCUACUUGCCAACAUUGAUCCAUUUGGAGCCACACCAUUCAUUGACCCUGACCCUGAUUCAUUAGAGGGGUAUCUGGAGAAGUGCGUCAUGAACAAUUACUUUGGGAUCGGCUUGGAUGCAAAGAUCUCACUGGAGUUUAACAACAAGCGUGAAGAACAUCCUGAGAAAUGCAGGAGUCGCACCAAAAAUAUGAUGUGGUACGGAGUCUUAGGCACUAAAGAGCUACUGCAGAGAACCUACAAGAACCUGGAGCAAAAAGUGCAGUUAGAGUGUGAUGGACAGUACAUCCCGCUCCCCAGUCUCCAGGGCAUUGCUGUGCUGAACAUCCCCAGCUACGCAGGAGGAACCAACUUCUGGGGUGGGACCAAAGAGGAUGAUAUAUUCUGUGCGCCAUCAUUCGAUGAUAAAAUCUUGGAGGUAGUGGCUGUAUUUGGGAGUAUGCAAAUGGCAGUGUCCAGAGUGAUCAAGCUCCAGCACCACCGUAUUGCGCAGUGUCGUACAGUAAAGAUUACCAUCCUGGGAGAUGAAGGCGUGCCUAUUCAAGUGGACGGAGAAGCCUGGAUCCAGCCUCCUGGAGUUAUUAAGAUCCAACACAAGAAUAGAGCCCAGAUGUUGACCAGAGAUAGGGCGUUUGAGAACACGCUGAAGUCCUGGGAGGACAAGUUGAAGUAUGACAAGCCUCCACUGAGGCCACACCUGUACUCUCAACACUCUGUAGAUCUAGCCACUGAGGAAGAAGCUGCACUUGUCCAGAUGUGUGCCCGUGCAGCUGAAGAGCUCAUCACCAGGAUCUGUGAGGCAGCCAAGACAAAUGGGCUCCUGGAACAAGAGCUUGCUCAUGCUGUAAAUGCAGCGUCUCAUGCCAUCAACAAAACUCACCCCAAGUUCCCUGAGAGUCUGACCAGGAACACAGCCAUUGAGGUGACCAGUACAGUGAAGGCCCUGCACAACGAGACUGAGUCACUUCUAGUGGGACGGGUAUCAUUGCAACUGGAGCCUCCUGAUGAGGAGUUAUUGUCCAGUGCUUUGCAGUGUGUUGAGGUGGAGUUGGGCAAGCUGACUGAGAUCCCGUGGCUUUAUCACAUUCUCCAGCCCAAUGAUGAGGAGGACCACUCCCUGGAGUAUGGCAAGAGAAACAGCCGAAGUGGCAUGUUCCGUAUUGUGCCAAAGUUCAAGAAGGAGAAAGCACUGAAGAAGUCCAGCCCACAGUCAGUUCAGAGGUGGGGCACUGAGGAGGUGGGCGCCUGGCUGGAGCAGCUCAGCUUGGGGGAAUACAAAGACACCUUCAUCCGCCACGACAUCCGCGGCUCCGAGCUCCUGCAUCUGGAAAGGAGGGACCUGAAGGAUCUGGGGAUCUCGAAGGUGGGUCAUAUGAAGAGAAUUCUCCAGGGAACUAAAGAGCUGGCCAAGAGCGCCAUGGUGGACCUGUGAGGCUCGAGGAGUCGUUUCCUUCAGGAGAUGUGCACAUUUUACAGAGCUGCAUUGUCUGGAUGAGCUCGGUAAUGAAGGGGUUUCCUUCCCCGUGAUUUAGCAUAGCUUUAGAGUACCUGCGAAUGUGUUGUUUCAGUACGAGUGCUGGUGCCAAAAGAAUUGUAGUGGUCGAAAAUUUUCAGGUGGUUCUUAAGAUUUCCAAAAAAAACAAAAACAAAAUAAAACAAAAAAGCCAUUUCUUAUUGCAUUGAUGGCACAAUCAGGUAUGCAACUCUCAUUGCAGAGGCAACUUCUGGCAUCUUAAAAAGAGUCAAGUAGCAAAACAGGACUUCCAUAAAGUGUUCACUGUGGGUGAAGCAAGGCCGGGUAAUAGCUUGCUGGCAUUUCGCCUUGUGGUGAAUGGCUACAAUAGGACGGAGACGUGAUGUGUCAGCAAUAUUCUUCUUUCGACAGCACUGUUUACAUUUUAAGGAGACGGGAAAAUGGCUGCUGAAGAGUUGCACUCAAACUGCAAUCAUAGCAAAUGGUUUUUCAGUUCAGAAAGAAAGUGAAGGAAGGGGUUUCCUGAAGCAGUGACAUUCUGAUGCAUGGUGAAUUUGCUUGAUUUUGGAUACGUGUUUCACUGCAUGAUUAGUGUCAUUUUAUUUUUUUGUUUCUAAUUGUACAAACUAACACUUGAACAAGUUUUCUAUGACUUUAGUAUGAUACCAUUUGUUACUACUGAAGCAUCCCUGUGGUCUUACUAGACUGCUGUUUCAUUUCUAUAUAUUUGUUUGCAUGAGACUUCUGUGUCAAAUAGCAGUGUCAUGUACCAUGUUUAUUGUAAAAGUGUGCUUUAUCGUAGGACAUCUAUGAUUUCUAUUUGAUUAGGACAUCGAGUAACACAGAAAUAUCAGUUCUUUAAAAUAAUCAGUAAGGAAGAAUACAUUGAAGCGACUAGAAAAGCGAAUGUUCCCCAUACAUUUUCUUUAGUUUGCAUUAGCAUGCAAAUUUAAAAGACAAACAAAUAUCAUUUUAAGUAUCAGAAUAUUAGAGUGGAAGUUCUUAUUAGGUGUAGGAACUAAUGAAGUCACUUUUCUGCAUUUUGACUGUAGGCCUAUUUGGAACAUUUAAGAUAUUUUACUUGCAAUAAGAAUCUUGUGUUGGUCAUAAGAUAUCGCAGUUGAUCUGCAACUUUGCAUAAGUUUCUCAUAAUGAUCUUUCCUUCGAAUAAGGAUAAAGUAUAUGUUUGAUAAGACACCCAGAACUAAAUUGUAUUCUUAGCUGGCAUUACAGGGUAUACAAGUAUACGUGAGGUUUUUGUUGGUUAAUAUAUGCACUGUAAAUAUGUCGAAACAGUCUCUACUGUUAAUUCCAGCUGUAAGGAAAUGGUUUGUAUAGAUUAAGGCUAACACGUUCUAUAGAGCUUGCACACUUGAUUGUGUAUAGUGCACCAUAAUACAGAUGUGAUUUAUAAUAAUGUUUAGUAAUCGCCUUUCUAUGUUAAGUGCUGUUGUAUUCUAUUGAAGGUGCAAUAUUGUAUUUAUUUUGAUACGUUUUCUUCUCUAUGAAGCUUUAUUAUGCGAUAUAUAUAUUUUUUUUUUCCAAGGAAAACAAGAAAUCAAUUCAUGCACUCCUGAAUCAGUUCAUGUUCUUUUAGUUAUUUAAGUUUAAGGUGGGCUCGUGGACGUGCCAUAUUCUCACCAGAUUCAUAAAAUCUUCCUUAAGCAAAUCGUUGGUUCUUUCUAUUCAAUUGUGCUUCCAGGAUAAUUUGCUAGACAACUGGAUGUUCUAUUAGACACACUAUGGAACUAGCAGAAUUGCCUGCUGUGCCUCUUUUAUUUUCAUUACAAUGGAGAUUUUCACCCUCCAUCUGCAAUCAUGUCAUUAAAGAUUUUUAUCUAGGUUUCACUUGGGGGUUUAUGUCAUAUUACAAUUUUCCUCUAGGGGGUAGCAGAGAACUGAAUGUGGGUUUGGUAAAAAAAAAUAAAAAUAAAUAAAUAAAUAAAUAAAUAAAUCAUGGAUCCCAAAAUGCUUAAUAAUAAUAAUCAAAAUAAUAAUGACAAAAAUUAUAUAUUUAUUCUCUAGAUUUUUUU